UAAAAUUUGUUAAAGUACGGUUUAAAUAAUAACAUAUUUGUCGUUUUGCAUAUGUCAAAUUUUUUUUUUCGAAAAAAUUUGUACUAAUGACGAUAAAUAAUUUUCCGCAUAGAAAAAAAAAAAGUUUACGAUAUUCGGAGCAUUUGCGGUUAAUGCAGAUUAUGCAACUGCUAGAAUAUUUUGGAAUUUCUUUUAUCCAAGUAGAGAAAAGUAAUGAAGAUGAUAAACAUUACACAAAGAAGUUCUAAAAGGAUUAAGAUUUAAAGCCACAUAUCCCGUCAUAUCGAAUUUGUACAGAAAUUGUAUGCACUGUAUACACUGUAAUUGUAUCCUUUACGCCUUUAUAAUAUUAUGUGUGAAUUCACCGAGUACCGUCAUACCGAUAUCUCCUAACAAUAUAUACUUCAUGUUAUUCUCGGUAAUUUACGAAAGUAUUGAAAGUAUUUACUUUAUUUCGUUAUUUUGUCGACAAGAAAAUUUUUGGUUUGCAUAUAAAAUUAUGAAUUUGUAAUUUGUUUUUAUUAUUCGCUUUUAAUAACUUUUCAUUACUUUGAAUACUUCAAAAGGAAUUAAAUAGAAAAUUUCAUUGCACGUGACGAUCAGAUCGGCCGUUAGGGCGUUGUUUUUUUGUUCAUUAUUAGUAUACAAUAUUAAUGAUCGAAAUAAAC